AUGGGAGGUCCAUCAGGAGCAGCACAACAACCCUUUCCCCAGGCUCAGCCAAUUAUCCGUUUCGUCUCCUCCACCCCCAUCUCAAAGACCGCCGACGUCUCCUGUUUCCUCUCGACCUACAUCUCAAACGCCAACAACGACGAGUCGUCCGAGACAAAGUCGAGCGGUGGUCUCAUUGCUCAGCUCGAGAGAAUCAGGGACGAUCUUGAGGGUAUUCCGUGGGUGAAGACGGAGUUGUUGCAGCCUUUGAGCGGCAACGCUGCUGAAGGUGAUGUAGCGGAGACGACUAGCGAGAAGAGACCAUUGGACGUCGAAGAUGCGCCUAUAGAUGAGUCUAAGAUCGACAAGGACGAGAGGAAGCGCUUGAAGAAGGAACGACGUGAGGCGGAGCGUGCGAAGAAGGGUGAUGACAAGGAGGAGGAAGAGGAGGAGUUGUGA